UUUUUUUCAUAUGCCAUAAAACGUCUCUUAGGUUAAACUUUCGUGUCCUUCCUUCCUUGCAGCAAAAAAAGCAGCAAUACGCCGUCGAGCUUCGUUCGUCUCUCUCAGAAGAAGAAGCUGAGCUGAAAACAUGGCUUACCAAGCAAUGAAGCCAACUAAGGCUGGUUUGGAAGAACCACUUGAGCAAAUUCACAAGAUUAGGAUCACUCUCUCCUCCAAGAAUGUUAAGAACUUGGAAAAAGUGUGCACUGACUUGGUUCGUGGAGCUAAGGACAAGAGACUGAGAGUUAAGGGACCAGUGAGAAUGCCCACCAAGGUGCUUAAGAUCACUACCAGGAAAGCUCCUUGUGGUGAAGGAACCAACACAUGGGACAGGUUUGAGCUUAGGGUUCACAAGCGUGUGAUUGACCUCUUCAGCUCUCCUGAUGUUGUCAAGCAGAUCACUUCCAUCACCAUUGAACCUGGUGUUGAGGUUGAGGUCACCAUCGCCGACUCCUAGACAACCCUACUACUGUUUUUGCUUUCUCUUUUUGGAAUUUCUUUAAGAAACCAUCUUCUUUCCUCGGUUCGUAACUUCACAUGCGUCUCUCCUGUUGAGUUGGCUGAAGGAAUAUUUUGCUGUAGUGAAACCUAUGUUAUUGUGUUUUCUUAAUUGAAUAGAUUUUGAGGAUUGAUAUUAGAAUUACGUUCUCUACUCUCAAUUUAAGAACUUUCCGAUUA